CCCCUUUUUGUUUUUCUAAUAAAAAAUAUUUUCAAGAAUUUCCAAUUUAAAAUUGCUAAAAAAAAAAAGGCUCUCAACCCUAGAAACGAAAGCGACCUGUUUGGCAUUAUCGUUUGUAUUGAAUUCGUUCAUUUUCUUGAAUUGCCGUUUUGCAGCUGCCUUCAUUCCCACUCAGCAGUUUAAAUUUCUCUACGACCAUAACGACGAUCUUGUUCAAGAUGAAAUCUUAUCGUCAUUGGACUCGGUUCAUCUGCACUAGCUUCAAUCGAUUUGAAUCGAAUUUCCCUCAAAAUUCUCGUGUUUUCUCUCAUUUUUCCGGUGAUUUUGAGCAGGAAUCAUGGAAUUCUGCAGAGGGUCUUGUGCGUUGCUCUGCAAAUUACGUUCCUUUGUCUCCUAUAAGCUUAUUGGAGCGAGCUGCCAAGGUGUAUAGAGACAGGACCUCUGUUAUAUAUGGUUCUGUUAAGUAUAGUUGGAGUGACACUUACGAUCGUUGUCUCAGGCUGGCUUCUGCCUUAACUCAGUUGGGAAUUUCCCGUGGCGAUGUGGUUGCGACAUUGGCCCCUAAUGUUCCAGCAAUGUAUGAGCUGCAUUUUGCAGUCCCAAUGGCAGGAGCAGUUCUUUGUACACUUAAUGCACGCCACGACUCAAAUAUGGUUUCUGUCCUGUUGAAACAUUCGGAAGCUAAGAUCAUAUUUGUAGACUAUCAGUUACUUGAUGUUGCUCGUAAAGCAUUUGAGCAUCUUGCAAAGACCGAAGCAAAACCACCCAUGCUGGUCUUUAUUUCUGAAUCUGAUGGUUUCUCGCCCAUUGGCUUCAAUUCGAGCACUUACGAGUAUGAAAGUCUCCUGGCAAAUGGACAUAAUAGAUUUGAGAUUAGACGACCAAAAAGUGAAUGGGAUCCCAUCAGCAUAAAUUAUACUUCUGGCACAACAUCAAGACCCAAAGGAGUUGUUUAUAGUCACAGGGGGGCAUAUCUUAAUUCCCUUUCAACGGUUUUCCUUCAUGGGAUCGGAGCAAUGCCUAUUUACCUUUGGACUGUGCCCAUGUUUCAUUGCAAUGGGUGGUGCCUUAUUUGGGGAGUGGCAGCGCAGGGUGGCACUAACGUAUGCCUUAGAAAAGUAUCUCCAAAGGACAUUUUUGACAGUAUAGUACAUCACAAAGUGACAAACAUGGGAGGGGCACCGACUGUUUUGAACAUGAUUGUGAAUUCAGCAGUUUGUGACCAAAAACCACUUCCUCACAAAGUGGAAGUUAUGACCGGGGGUGCACCACCACCCCCUCAAAUCCUUCUCAAGAUGGAAGAAUUGGGUUUUGGUGUAUCUCACUUGUAUGGCCUUACAGAAACUUACGGUCCAGGGACUUACUGUGCAUGGAAACCUGAAUGGGAUUCACUGCCUCAUAAUGAGAGAUUAAAGUUGAAAACCCGACAAGGGGUGCACCAUCUUGGCUUGGAGGAUGUUGAUGUAAGAGAUCCUAUCACUGAGGAAAGUGUGCCUGCUGAUGGUAAAACGAUAGGUGAAGUUGUGUUCAGAGGAAACACUGUAAUGAGUGGGUACUUUAAAGACUUGGAAGAAACAGAGAAAGCUUUCAGAGGUGGAUGGUUUCGAAGUGGGGAUCUUGCUGUGAAACAUCCUGAUGGUUACAUAGAAGUAAAGGACCGCUUGAAGGAUAUUAUAAUCUCUGGGGGAGAGAAUAUAAGCACAGUUGAAGUAGAAACGGUUUUAUAUAGUCAUCCCGCAAUUUUCGAGGCUGCAGUAGUUGCACGGCCAGAUGAUCACUGGGGACAAACACCAUGUGCAUUUGUUAAGUUAAAAGAGGGUUUUGAUGUGAGUGCACAAGAUAUAAUCAAGUUUUGCAGGGACCACUUGCCGCAUUAUAUGGCUCCUCGGACUGUCAUUUUUGAGGAUUUGCCAAGAACCUCAACGGGGAAGGUGCAGAAGUUUAUUCUGAGGGAGAAAGCAAAGGCAAUGGGCAGCCUCUCUUGAGAUAAAAAAAAAUAAUAAUAACGAUUUGUAAAUCCAUGUUUCCUUGGAAAAUAAGAAUUUCGUUAUUUCA